AUGGCUCACUCGAUAGAAGAGCAAAGACUCGACCAGUCCGACAAUGCGUCGUUCAACCACGAGAAGCCCUCGGAGGUCACAGAAGACGAAAGUCACUUCCCAACCGGAACCCGGUUGCUGGUCAUUAUCAUUUCCAUUCUCUUUGCUAUGUUCCUAGUUGCACUUGAUCGCACCAUCAUCGCAACAGCAGUACCCCGAAUCGCCAACCAAUUCAAUGCCCUCGACGACAUCAGCUGGUACGCCAGCGCAUACCUACUAACCAGCUGCGCAACCCAAUUAUCCUGGGGCAAAGUCUACACAUUCUACUCGACCAAAACCGUCUUCCUAGCCGCAAUCCUCAUCUUCGAGGUCGGCUCUGCCCUUUGCGGCGGCGCCCCUACCUCCGACGCCUUCAUCGUCGGCCGUGCAAUCGCAGGCGUGGGUUCCGCUGGUAUCUUCGCCGGCGCAACAGUCAUCAUCGCCCAGAUUGUUCCUCUGGCUAAACGACCCAUCUAUGUCGGUCUCAUGGGCUCAACCUUCGGAUUCUCUUCCAUCAUUGGACCACUCAUGGGCGGCGCUUUCACUGAUAAUGUGACAUGGCGCUGGUGUUUCUACAUUAACCUGCCCAUCGGCGGCUUCACUAUGAUUGUUUUGUUCUUCUUCUUGAAUGUCCCGCACACGGCCCAGUCGUGCUCUUGGAAACGUCAUAUCCUCCGUCUGGACCCCCUCGGCAGCGUCAUUUUCCUUCCCUCGGUCAUCUGCUUCUUGCUUGCUUUGCAGUGGGGAGGAACCACUUACCCCUGGGGUAAUGGGCGGAUCAUCGCACUAUUUGUGAUCUCAGGCAUUCUCAUGAUCGCCUUCGUCGCUGUACAGAUCUGGCUCAAGAAGGACGCUACUGUGCCCCCGCACAUCUUCAAUCAGCGCAGCAUUAUCAGCGGUGUUAUUUUCGCCAUGUGUGUUGGUGGUGGUCUGAUCUCCAUGCUUUAUACCCUUCCAUUGUGGUUCCAGGGUGUGCGCGGCACCUCAGCUGUGAAAUCUGGUAUUGACACUAUUCCCAUGGUGCUUGCUCUUGUCGUUGGAGCCAUUACUUCUGGUGGAAUCAUCACUGCGACUGGAUACUAUGUUCCAUGGAUGUUCGUGGCAACUGUAUUGAUGUCGACUGGUGCAGGACUUAUGACGACCUUCAAGAUGGAUACCAACCAUGCUGCCUGGAUUGGAUACCAGGUGCUAUUUGGUAUUGGUAUUGGUACUGGAUUGCAGCAGCCCUCGUUGGCGGCUCAGACGGUUCUUCCCAUGGAAGAGGUUGCCAUUGGUGUCUCGCUUAUGUUCUUUGCUCAGUCUCUGGGUGGUGCGGUCUUUAUCGCUGUUGCUCAGUCGUUGUUCCAGAACUACCUUGGUGCUGAACUGCCUGGUAUCUCGGGCAUCGACACGGCUAAGGUUUUGCAGGCUGGUGCGACGGGCCUUAAAGAUGCGGUUCCUGCUGAUAAGCUGUCUUCGGUGUUGAUUGUGUACAAUGAUGGUCUUCAUCGGUCGUUCAUUGUUGCUGUGGCGGUGUCUUGUCUGAUGAUCAUCCCCGCGUUGACGAUGGAAUGGAGAACUAUCAAGAAGGACAAUGUGUCUGUCCCAGCUGCUUGA